UGAAAGGGGAACCUCCACUCCACUCCAGUCUUCGAUUUUAUACGAUCCGCCCACCUCAGUUCGUCGGCAGUGUUCUCAGCGGCCUGCUGCCUCCAUAAUCGCCCCAUUAGGCUUGGAUCGUUACCAUGCGGCAUCUGAUGUUUUUGGCCCUAAUUUUCGUGGCUCUGGUUUUGGCCAAGCCGGCGACGGAGGCUCCUCGUCUGCUGAUCGAUUCGGCGCCUUCAGUGGUCUCCUAUCAGGGUUCAUCGCAGGCACAGACCCGCUUCGUCAUAGCGCCCAUGGGCCGGGCACUGGGCUACGUAGCACCCACCAACCUGAAUCGUACCUUCCACACGAAGGCCACGCAGGAGGAUGGCUCCACGGGCUACGAGCAACUCAAUCUAAGUCCGGUUUAUGUGCCAUACAGCUAGGCAAUGGAUUGGUGCACCUAGUUUUAGAUAGUUAAAUGUGUAAAUAAAA